AUGGAGGCAGUCCCUGCCAUUGUGCCUCCUGUCGCCACCUCGGACAGGGCGCUUUGGGGACCCCUGACAGUGCUGUACACAGCCCUCACAGCCAAGCUGCUGGAGUUUGUUCAUACAUUGCCUGAUGAUGUUCAGCCUGGGCCAGAUUUCUAUGGACUGUCAUGGGAACCUGUACUUAUAACAGCCUUCCUGGGAAUUGUUUCAUUUGGUGUAUUCUUCUGGAGAACUGUCCUUGUUGUAAAGAGUAGAGUUUAUCAAGUCACUGAACAGCAAAUUUCUGACAAGGUGAAAAACAUCACAAGAGAAAAUAGAGAACUUGUUCAAAAGUUGUCAGACUAUGAACAGAAGAUCAAGGAAUCGAAGAAAUAUAUUCAAGAAACCAAGAAACAAAAUAUGAUUCUUCGUGAUGAAGCGAUUAAAUAUAUGGAUAAAAUCAAGACACUUGAAAAAACUAGUAAAAUUCUGGAUGACACAGCUAAAAGUCUUCGUGUUAUGUUAGAACAUGAGAGAGAACAUACUGUCAGGAAUCAGGACUUGAUAUUAGAAAACAGGAAAUCUAUAGAGAAGUUAAACAAUCUUAUCUCCAUGAACGCUUCAGAAUUUGCAGAGGUUCAAAUUGCUCUUAAAGAAGAUAAGCUUAGUGAAGAGAAGAUGAAGUCUGAAUGCCACUGGGUUCAAGAAGAAAAUGCUAGGCUUAAGAAGAAGAAAGAGCAGUUGCAGCAGGAAAUCAGAGACUGGAGUAAAUCACAUGAUGAACUCAGUGAGCAAAUCAAAUCAUUGAAGAAGUCUCAGAAAGAUUUACAAGUAGCUCUUACUCACAAAGAUGAUAAUAUUAAUGCUUUGACUAAUUGUAUUACACAGUUGAAUCAGUUAGAGUAUGAGUCUGAAUCUGAGAGUCAAAAUAAAGGAGGAAAGGAGUCAGAUGAAUUAGCAAAUGCAGAGGUGGGAGGUAACCAAAAUGGGAAAAUGAAAACUCGAAUUAAGCAGAUGAUGGGGGUCUCUCAGACACAAACGACAAUAUCAGUAGUUGAAGGAGAUCUAAAACUCUUACAAUAUAAGCUAAGAGCCUCCAUCUCAACUGUUUUAUCCUUUACAGAUGGAAUAAAGCAAUUAGAAAAGGACUGCAGUUCACUGCAGUCUGCCAAAGCUGGACUGGAGGAUGAAUGUAAAACCCUGAGGCAGAAAGUGGAGAUUUUGAGUGAACUAUACCAGCAGAACGAGAUGGCUCUGCAUAAGAAAUUGAGUGAAGAAGAGUAUAAGCGGCAAGAAAAAGAGCAGCAGCUGUCAACUGCAGAUGAGAAGGUGGUUUUGGCUGCAGAGGAAGUAAAAACUUACAAGCGCAGAAUUGAAGAAAUGGAGGAAGAAUUGCAGAAAUCAGAGCGUUCAUUUAAAGAUCAGAUUGCUGCUCAGGACAAAAAAGUGCAUGCUAACUGGAUAAAAAUUCGCGAUGCAGAAAGGGCUAUAGCUGAAGAGAAAAGGGAAGCCGCUGACCUGAGAUACAAAUUAUUGGAAAUAACUCAGAAGGUGGCACUGCUGCAAGAAGAGCCUAUGACUGUAAAACCAAUGCCAGGAAGACCAAACACACAAAACCCUCCACGGAGAGGUCCUCUGAGCCACAAUGGCUCGUUUGGCCCAUCCCCUGUGAGUGGUGGACAAUGCUCCCCUCCACUGGCAGCACAGCCACCCGGGAGGCCUCUCUUCGAUACGCUCAACCAAAGAGAUAUGCCUAGAAGAGAAUUUGGGUCAGUGGACAGGCCUCUGUCUCAUCCUCAAUGGUCUUCUGAGGUGUCUGGGAAACACUCUGCCUCAGACCCAGGAUCUGGUCCAGCUGCCAUGAUGAGCAGCAACUCAAGACGCUCUUCCCCUUCUAAGGUGAUGAACGGGAGCAAGCAAACUGUUCCCCAAGAGCGUGAAGGCCCUUCAGUUCCCAGCAUUACUUCUUUAGCUGAGCAUCCAGGAGCAGGUAAUAUGGCUCCUAAAGGCCCCCCACCUCCUUUUCCAGGGGUGCUCCCAAUAGGCUCCCUCAUUGGAGGACCCAUCCCACCACCCAUUCGAUAUGGACCACCUCCUCACCUCUGCGGGCAUUUCUGGCCUCGGCCAUUUCCUCCACCAUUCGGUCCUGGUAUGCGUCCACCACUAGACUUAAGAGAAUAUGCACCAGGCGUUCCACCUGGAAGAUGGGACCUGCCUUUUGACCCUCGGGGAUUUGGACCAGGACACACAGCAUUUACACCUUUUGGCUCUCUUGGCCCAAGAGAGUACUUUAUUUCUGAUAAAUAA